AUGAAGCCUGAGACUGGAGAGGACCCAGGUAAAUUAUGUACACAUAGAAGAUCUGACAACGGAAAACUGAAGGAGGGAACUCAAGUGAGCAGCAGCCUCAUGAUGGAAGAAAUUGACAGGAUGAUAGUUCAAAUGCGCUUAAAGGAUAGCAAAACUGUAUUAAUUUCAAAGACGGAGUUGACCGAUGUGCAGUUCCAGAAGCUAAGAAAGCACUUCGAGACAGACUGUUACCCUAAUGAGGAAACUCUGCAGGCCUUCGCUGAGGAACUCAAACUACAGAAAGAUGUCAUCAGAUCCUGGUUCAUCACUCAGCGUCGAAGAAUGAUGAGGUACAGAUGGUUUUUCACGAGCUACUACAGGGAUUGGAAAACGUCCUGUGAGUACUCUACAACAAGAAGAUUCGACAGGCAGAAGAACUCCAAGGAGUGCUCCCAGAAUGACCCUGGACUCCCCGAAGAGUUGGAAGCCUUGAAGAGGCUCAAGCUCUCUUCUGGGUACCAAAGCAGAGAUGGCAUGUCACAAGAUUUCUGACUUUUCAACUUCUUUGUGGGGGCAGGCGUCUGUCUAUGGGAGAAGGUACAUUAAUAAUAAAUCUUGCAUUCAUAGAGUUGAAAAAAAAAAA